CUAGAAAGACUCGUGCAUUUUGCGGCUCUUGUGUUGCUGUUAUAGAAGUGCGAUGAAAGUUAUUGGGAAUGACGUGCAAAUUUGACUCCUGUAUUUGUGUUGUCUGAGCCGAGGGAGGACAUUGAAAAAUUGAAACACUUUGUGGCUUCUAUAACCAAGCAGUAAGAUGACAUCACCUCAAUGACGAAUAUGAGUAUCGAACACUACACGGGAAUGGAGGGAAACUUUACAAACCUCAAUUUGACGGAAGGACAACUUCCUAAUUCUGUAACUACAUCAGCUGAAAAACCAAACCGAUGUGGGACAGUUCAUGAUAUAGAGUUAGACAAACCUUUAAGACUAGUCAUCCUUUACAGCAUUAUUAUUGUCGGACUGAUAGGUGCAGGACUAGUGCUUCUUUAUUUGUUCUGUAAUCGCAAAGUGUCGCCGCGCUUCAAUCGUCUGUCAAGGGUGAACGCCUUUAUAUUGAACCUAACAUUUGCUGACGCCCUUGUGAUCCUAUUGGCAGUUCUUCCUCAAUUGAUCUGGGAGUAUAAUGACCGGACCUGGUACGCGGGCCCGGUCAUGUGUCGAGUUGUGAAGUACCUACAAGGUUUCUCAAUGGUGGCAAGUAACUACAUUCUGAUUGUGAUAGCCAUCGACAGGCAUCAAGCAAUCAGAGCUCCAUUAAAAGAAUCCUGGCCGGUGUGGAAAAUGGCCGGUCUAGGUUGGCUCAUGGCAGCGCUAUGUGCCGCUCCCAUGCUCGGAGUUUUCCAUUUAAAUGAGGUGGACGGACAGACCCGUUGUGAAAACAUCUUCCGUACCAAACCAGAAUGGCACAGGGGACUUUGGAUUAUCUACAUUGAACUAUCAGUGUUUAUUGUUCCGUUUGUUCUCAUAUGUGUGUGUUAUAUCCGUAUAUUUCUCAAGGUGGCACAAAAGGCGAACGAAAAUACAAAUAAAAGAACCAUGAGGUUUAAAACUCAAACAGGAAAAGUUUACCUACAGAGCACACAAUCUACAUCUCUCCCUCGUGCAAAAAUAAAGACGUUGAAAUUAACUUUUGCUAUUAUAUUAGCAUUUACAAUUUGUAGCACGCCUAACUUCAUCAUGGAACUAAUCAUGUCUUUCGGAGAUCAUUGCUUGAUAUCACGAAAGCUUUACGGAUUUUUCGGAGGAAUGGCACCAAGCAAUUCGGCAGUGAACCCGUUCAUAUUCCUGAGUUUUAAUGUGACAAUUAAAUGGAUAAAGGAGGUGAAAGAGAGGCUUGUAACAGCCAGGAGGAGAAAGCCAUACCGCUUUGUUUACUCGGCUAACUCGAGCAUGGAUUCCCACCCGUCUAUUAAGCAUUUUGGUACCGGAGAUACUGCUAAUGCUUCAACAAGACACACCUUUUUAAAUGCUUGAAUCCAGUUUUAAAAAAAACGUACACAUAUACAUGUAAUUGUUUAGUUGUAUUGUGUAAACAAAUGGCCGAAUGACAGUAUUAGAGUGACGUUGAACUUACUUUACUACACCAAAGCGACUCUUCAGAUUAACAACAAAGAUGAAUUCGUAGACGAGGCGUAUUUUGUUAUUGUUGUUUUGUAAUAUUUUAACGUGCGUUCGUCUAUCCAAUUAAGGCGAAUAGUUAUUAUCCAAUGCGUUUUUCGAAACAAACCUGCUUUUGAAGUAGACUCGCACUUUAAAAUGGUUAAGCAUCCAUCACCUUAUCGCUGAAUACAAAUGACAAAGCCCUUGGAUAUUUAUUCACAUUAACAUCGGAAGGGCCCUCUUUCGUAUAUGUAUGUAUAACACCAUUCUGUAUUGCUAAGUUCAUUAAUGCAUACCUUAACGCUUAUGUACCAAAGUAAAUAUUAAAGCAAUAAUCUGAUUCGGAAUUAAGUUUAAAAUUGAUGAAAAUUAUUUAAUCAAUGUUUAGAAUUGAUAACAAUUUAACCCCAUUCGUAUCAGUACGAAUAAAAGAAUUCGACAAACGGUGUCGUCGAUAUAGUUGAACAGUUAUAUUGUUCGAACAUGUUUGUGAGUAUACAUUUAUUUCUGAAUAAAAUUGUUUCUUCAACAUUUAAUUCUGCAUGUACAUGUAUGUUGUGAAAUAAAUUGAUUUCUAUAUAUUGCUGAUUAUUUAAGUUAGUGUUUGCCUGCAAAAGUUCUUUCCAGAAACUUUUAUUGAUUGCAUGUAUCGUG